UACCACACACAAUGGUCUUUCGACAGGGUCACAGAACAUGUAAUAUUCGAAAAAUUUGCAGUAUUAUGAACAAAAGAACACAUUUGUGACCAUGUAGGCCUAGAUGUAGUCUUUUCUUUCCUUGCCGCUGAGACUAGAGUGCUGAUUUCAGAAUUUGAAGAACAAACAUUUACCAUGAUGGCUGACCAAGAACAAGAAGGAGCAAACCUAUUUGAAGCCAUAAAGAACCAAGCACCUCUAGAGCUACUACGGGAUAUUGUUCAGAAAUUCGAUACAAAGAUAUCGAAUACAAGAGACAGCAAUGGUUUAGAUGUGAUGCAGACAGCCAUUGUGGAAAAUCACUGCGAACUUGUUCGGUACCUGUUCAUGAGAAACUAUUUCAAGGAGUUUGAAAAUACUCCAAAAUGUAAUAAUUACAUGCACUUGGCAGCACGGUUAGAUCGCGUGGUCAUCCUGCAGCUGUUGAUGGAGCAUCGUCCUGGAGAUGUGGUGAUGCGUGGCUCUGUCUGCUAUCCUGAUUGUUGUAGUUGCAUUGGAGAUGCUGAUUUGGAAGAGGAGAAGGAUGACAGAAUGGAGGACAGAGGUGGCAAUCAACUCGGUAUGACACCCUUAGACUUUGCGAUUAGACAUGAAAACAUUAAAAGUUUGAAAGUACUGUUGCAGUCAGAACUUCUCAAGUGCGACAUGUCUUCCGAUUCAAUUUUAGAACGUGCCUGUGAAAUCAAUUCACCAGAUGCUUUAAAAAUCCUACUGACUGAAAAACCAGAUCAGAGGACCCUUGUGAAAACUUUCGAACAGGCUGUCAGAAAAAAACUUUCAUCUUGUAUCAAUUGUCUUCUAGAGAAUGGUUUUGAAACAGAAACUGCUUUCAAUGGUAUGAAUUGCUUCCAUGUAAUGUAUCAGUAUUCAUCCUCCUAUGUGUACCGUCCCAGCAACGUCCUGACCACUGCCAGCAAAGACGUUGGCCUCCUCAAGGCAAUGGAGGUCCUCAUCGCACACGGUUGUGAUGUAAACGCAAGUGCUCUGGCAAAAACCUACCCACUCUAUACAUUACUUCAUAUGAUGUUCUCUGACUUCUGUAAUGAGCCGGAUGCACAGCAUGUGGAGGCUACUGAGCUAUUGCUUCGGGCAGGUGCUGAUCCUAACUUUGAUGAAUAUGUCAAUGCUGGCGAGGGACGGUUUGAAGCUUACGGACGGAAUGCCUAUUCCUCUGCACUGCAUGUUGUCCAAUUUGAUGUCUUCUUUCCUGGUAUUACUUUGAAUAAUACCAAAUCGGUGCUCAAGUUGUUAUUCAAAUAUGGUGCUGACCCAUACAAAAAGUGCUCCUCUUCGGGCCUGGUCCCCCUCGCUCAGUUUCUAGACCGUUUUUGUGAUGUUGAUUAUGACGAUUACUUGAUCAUUCAAGAAGACAGCCCUAUGGAGAAAGGAGAUUUAGCUAAAGCACUCGGUGAUGUCCUUUCCCUUUAUUAUUUAAAUAUGAAUCUCCCUGAGUUUAGUAAAGCAGUGCAAGAAAGUGAUAUCAAAGCAAAAUUGCAUGUUUUUGACAUAAUUGGCGAUGUUACCAAGGAUGUCCUGAAUUUGCUUUGUAACCAACCAAAGAGUUUGAAUGAUAUGGCGAAGCUGGGUGUUUGGGAAGGCAUUGGCAGGAGUGCGCUGAACUUGUAUAACCUACGAAAAGAUGUCCCUCCUGCGUUGUUGAAAUCUGUACAAAGGUUAUUUGAGUGUCAAUAAUGGUAGUUCAAGGAAACCACAGGUAUAUGAAACCUGUAAACGAUAUCCUGUUGUCUAUGAUGUUGCCUUACUUUGUUCAGGUGAACAAUCUUUCAGAAUAUGGAAUGUUAAAUUUGCAUGGUGUUUUGAGUGCUAAAUAUUUAUUGUGUAACAUUUUGAUAUUGAUUUACCCAUUUAAAGUCAGCAAAAUCUCCUUUUUGUCAAAAUCCAGCUGGAAACAUGUUUGUCAGUACUUACAUGUA